AUGGAGAGGCGAAGAGAGCGAAAGCUCACAAUCACGGCCCCGAACGAAGAGACGAAACUGGUGGAGCCACAAGCGCCGAAGCAUCGGCGGGCUUCGCUCAGUGUCGCUUAUCACCGACUACUAUCGUUCUCCUCCUCGCCCAUCAAGGUACUCUCCCCCUCCUCCUCCUCCUUCACAAGUUAUUUGUAUACGUAGCACUGAAAUAUGUAGUUGGGGAGAAAGAGAAAGAGAAAGAGAGAGAGAGAGAGACUUAUGUAUACUCACUGAUAGGUUGUGGUCAUGCGAGUAUGUAUGCAAAUGUAUGUGGAAAACUAAAAAAGAAAGGAAGAAGAAAAAAGAGGAUUGCAUAGUCACGGGUAGAACCCGUGGAAGGAUCAAAUGACAAAGUAGGAGAGAAAGAUCAAAACUAGACAGUACCACACAUGAAAAUGGCAGUAUUCACUAAAAUUAUUCGUAAACUAUUACAGAAGCAGAAGAAAGAGUAUCGAGAUGAAAAGAAAAGAGUCAACGAUGAGCUCCUCUCGGCUCUCCGCGAUCCCACAGUUGUCGUCAUGGCUGACACGCUCAAAAUUCGUGGAGCGCUGAAAAAGUGGACCCGCUAUUAUUGCGUUCUCAAGCCCGGAUUGCUCAUUUUGUACAAGCACAAGAAGGCGGAUAGGGUAAGAGUAAGAACUCGAGACGAAUUGAGUUCAAAUUUCAGAGUUUGCAGGGAGAUUGGGUUGGGACCGUGCUUCUCAACCAUUGCGAGCUGAUCGAACGACCGUCCAAGAAAGACGGAUUCUGUUUCAAACUUUACCAUGUGAGUGUAAAGGGGAUUAGGCGGUUCUGAUGAAACAAAAUCCUGUUUUUUUUCAGCCAAUGGACAUGAGCAUCUGGGGAAACCGUGGACCACUCGGACAAUCGUUCGGUAGUUUCACCCUCAACCCUUUGAACACUUCUUUCCUGAUAUGCCGCGCCGCCAGCGACCAGGUCUGUUCUUUCAUUUUUCACCGUAAUCAUAUCAUACGAUUCUCUCUUUUUUUCGGUCAGUAUUUGUUUGCUCUCGCUCCCGGUUCAGUGAGCGGGGGGCAAACAAAAAUAGUACGACCGUAUGAAGAGCAUCAAUCCUUAGCCUGUUUUUUCCACUCAUUUCUUUCCUAAAGCAUCUCCGCACAUACGUAGCUCUACUAGAACAAAUUUCUCUUCGUUUCAGGCCGGUCGUUGUUGGAUGGACGCUCUUGAGCUGUCAUUCAAGUGCACUGGACUGCUGAAAAAGACGAUGAGUCAGGUAAUUGCAUUUUGCACUCUUGACGCGUUUCGUUUGCAUCUCUCACAUUUUUUUGCAGCUUGACGACAAAAACGGCGAGAACGGAGUGAAUGGGGACCAUAGGGAUGAGUCGAGAAUGUCUAGGGACUCGGACGGAGAUGAAGUGGGAAGACACGGAGUAUCGGACACUGAUGCCGAGAAACACUUUCAAGAGAUUGAUGAUGCACAAGACGAGGACCAUGAGGACGGGAAGAUGUCGGAGACAAGUGAUACCAUCAGAGAGGCGUUCACUGAGAGCUCGUGGAUCAUGAGUCCCAAGGAAGUGGUGAGUGCUUACAUUUUCGGAAUCUUUUUAAAACUUGACAUGUUUAGAUUGGCACUGACGGAAUUCUGACCGAAGAAGUCGGCGAGGAGAACAAAUCGCUCAUUUGGACGCUGCUCAAGCAAAUUCGUCCGGGAAUGGACCUUUCGAAAGUUGUGCUGCCCACUUUCAUCCUCGAACCACGCUCUUUCCUCGAAAAACUUGCCGACUACUACUAUCACGCUGAUCUCAUCUCAGAGUGAGCAUACAAUAUUCAAAGUCACGUUUUUAUGUUAUUCUUUUUCAGGGCUGUUGCCGAACCGGAUCCAUUCCAGCGUAUUGUGAAGAUCACCAAGUUCUUCCUCUCUGGAUUUUACAAAAAGCCAAGAGGACUCAAAAAACCGUACAAUCCGAUUCUCGGAGAGACGUUCCGGUGCAAAUGGGAGCAUCCCGAUGGAUCGACCACGUUCUACAUCGCCGAACAAGUGUCCCACCAUCCUCCAGUGUCCUCACUCUUCAUCACCAACCGAAAAGCUGGGUUCAACAUUAGCGGAACCAUUUUGGCCAAGAGCAAGUACUACGGAAAUUCGCUCUCCGCAAUUCUUGUCGGAAAACUGAGACUGACCCUUUUGAAUCUUGGAGAAACUUAUAUUGUCAAUCUGCCGUACGCCAACUGCAAAGGUAUCAUGAUUGGAACCAUGACUAUGGAGCUUGGCGGAGAGGUUAACAUUGAGUGCGAGAAGACCGGCUACCGUACCACUUUGGACUUUAAACUCAAGCCAAUGUUGGGCGGCGCUUAUAAUCAAAUCGAGGGAAGCAUCAAGUACGGAAGUGACCGACUCGCCAGCAUCGAAGGCGCUUGGGAUAGUGUCAUUCGCAUCAAAGGACCGGAUGUGAGCCGCAAGAUGCAAAGAUUGAGAAAUCAAAUAUUUUUAAUGUUUCAGGGUAAAAGAGAAUUGUGGAACCCGACGCCGGAAGUCAUCAAAUCUCGUCUUCCCCGUUACGAAAUUAGCCUGGAAGAGCAGGGCGAAUGGGAAUCCGCGAAACUUUGGCGACACGUCACUGACGCGAUUAGCAACGAGGAUCAGUACAAGGCGACCGAGGAAAAAACGGCACUCGAAAACGAUCAGAGGGCGCGAGCAAAGUCUGGAAUUCCACACGAGACCAAGUAUUUCAAAAAGGGCCAUCACGGAGACGAUUUUGAAUACAUUCAUGCGGAGUAAGCGUCUUCUGAGAAAUCUUCUGAGAAAUCUGAUGAGAAAUUUGUUCAGUUACCGACCAUGGGACAACAACAAUGAUAUCCAGCAGAUUGAGAACGCGUAUGUGGUAAAAACGAUCUCAAAACACUCGAAAACGAAGCCAGGAACCAGCACGGCAAUGGGAAGCGACAACACUUCCGAGGCCAGCGACAGCGAUGAAGAAGUUGUGGAGACCAAGAUCAAGAAGAAGGUGGUGACAUUGACGGCGUCGAAGCCAUUCGAGCCGGCAGUUGCGGAUGAGAGAAUGAAGGUAAGCGUUUACCGGACUUGAAAUGGCUCCUUCCGAAUCUGAAUCUCAGCCUUGUCGCGGGUUUCAGUACUAGAAUUUCGGUUCAAUGUGAAAAAUGUGUUUUUUUUAAGGAAAUGGAGCGCAAAUUCGAAGUAGCCAUCCGUAGAAUGGAGGCAGCAAACGAGCGUCAGUCGUCGCGUACCGUGCAAGCUCUUCAGUCUACUCUGCUGUUCGUCUUCGUGAUAACAUCUCUCGUCCAAUCCAUCUUCAUCUUUUUCAUGCUUCGUAAAUAA